UUUUAUUUCAAGAACAUUGGACGUCAUAGAUACUUCGCUGUAGAGAAUUUAUGGCAAAAUGGAAACUAAAACAAGGCCCUCAGACAAUUUUCAUAAAUUGUUGAAAAUAAUUCGCAUAAGCUCCAGCUUAAUUGGUGUAGACGUUAUCGAUGAGAAUUAUAAAUUCAAUUAUGUUAUUGGUUUUGUUAUGGUGGCGAUCGCUUGGAAUUUCAUGUGUUCAAUAUAUUCAAUCUAUAAGGACGUCACUACCGAUUGGACCGUGCUACUGGAUGUAUUCUCACCGAUCAGUUGUGCCGCUCAAGGCACAAUCAAACUUUGCUCACUUAUGCUGUAUCCGAAAUUAUAUCGCGAACUGGCAAUGGAUCUUGUGGAAAUUUACAAAAAAUAUCAAGCAGUGGGACAAAAAUAUGAGACGAAAUUAUUUGAAUGGAACAAGAGCAUGAAGAAUAUUCUAAUUAUUGGUGCCUUAGUAUAUUUCUUGUCUUCUUUGCUGGCGUUGAUCGCGCCAAUAUUUUUAUACAUCUUCAAGGGAGAAAGACAUCUAAUAAUUAUGUGUCAAAUGCCGUAUGUCGACGUGGCCACAGAUCAUGGCUAUUUCAUUACAAUUGGCUACAAUUUGCUGUGCGUUUUCGUAGCGGCUUUCGGUUUGUACGGUGCCGACUUGUAUGUCUUUCUAUUCCUAACACACUCGAUAUUCUUUUACGAUAUUUUCGCACUGAAAGUCGGUGAUCUUCAUGAGAUAUUGCGUCAAGAUAAUAAGGAUAAACGUAUAAAGCCACUGAUUAACGACAUUGCACAAUGGCAUCAGUACUAUUUGGACUUUAAUGAUAAAUGCAACCAAAUAUUCUUCUGGUCCAUCACCGCCCACAUAUUGUGCACCACAUUGGGCAUCCUGAGCACAUUGCUCAUAAUUAUGCUGAAGUACUGGCCGGGCGCUUAUCCCUAUAUUUUCGUCUGCUUCGUUUGGUUAUAUAUGUAUUGCAUUUUGGGCACACGAGUGGAGACAUGUAAUGAUCAAUUUUGCGAUGGAAUUUACGAUAUCAACUGGUAUGAUUUGGAUAUUAGCGAUCAGAAGACAGUGAGCUUAAUGCUUUUGCAGUCGCAGGUGCCGCGCCUUAUAACUAUAGCGGGUAUUGAGCCGUUGUCGGUGAACACUGCUCUUAAGAUCACUCGCUCUAUCUAUAGCCUAGUUAUGAUGGUUAUGCAGUUUAAUGAAUAG